GUGUUCACAGUCUCAAAAUAUUUAUACUUGAUAAUAAAGUAAUUUCUAUGUACAGUAAUGAGGGAAAAAAUCAUUAUUAAACCAAAAUGUACUUAAUCGAUUUUUCCAACAAAAUAUAUACUUUAAUAAUGGUAGAAAGUAUGAAAGGUCCAUCACGUUGAAAGCUGGCUUGGAGUAUAGUUCAAGACAUAUCAAGAAAAAAAAUCAUUACAACAGAAAGAAUUCGAGCGUGUGCAAAUAAAACAAAGCCAAAUCAAACUGCAUGUCCAACACUUGGCAGGAUUUCACGUCGCCACAAAGAUUUAAAUGCAUGGAAAAGUUGUUAUUAAAACGAUACUGAUGAAGUCAGAAAACAUCGAGGAAUACGGGAGUAGGAGUGUUUUGCCAGUGUCAGUUGAGUGGAAUGUACCCAGACUGUAACGGAUGAAGGUAUUUGUAAAGAUCGUGACCGUUUGAAGAUUGGGCUUUUGAACAAAUCUUUGUUGAUCGACGACGCCUUGCGUUGGGACUUUUGCACACUCAAACACAAAUGAGUGGCUAAAUCCGUUUUAGACAUUGGCUUAAGACUGCGAUAUCACCACCCAAUUGUCUCCGCGAACUGGGAACAAAGAGGGAAAUUGGAGAGAAACCUCGUCUUAUCAUGCUAACGUUUAGCAAUCAAUAGCAAACAGCUAUAUGAAGCCGCCAUGGCGUCUAAUGGGAUACCCGGAGUACGGAACAUGGGUUCAUAAAUCUCAAACAAAAUGUUAUCACUUCCUUCGCUGCUGUGUCGUAAAAACUACCAAAAAUGUUAUCAUUUCCUCCGUUACUGUGUCGUAAAAAGUACCAAACGUGGAAUGAUGAAAUCAAGCUCCAAGUGAAGAAAUCGGCCAAAGAGGAAGUUCAAACAGCGUCGGUCCGGGUCCCUUGUGCCGAUAUUUACGAUGUAGAUAACGAGCAUAAUUACAUCAUGACCAAGGCUCUGAAGUCUUAUAAGCUCCAUCGAGACAAGGAAAAGGCGGAAACGAGGCAACAGCAGUUACGGUCUGCUUACAGACGGCGAUGGCACGCGCCCUUAGUUCCAAGUAGACUACGGACAAAGUCGGCAUCACAGGUGCGACCAAAGACUGCGGCUGACGUCAUUCGCGAGGUUGAGGUGGCCAAUAACGAUGAGAGAGUGCAAAGGAAACCGACAUCCAUAGAAUUAUCCCGAAUAACGAUAGCAAUGGGGGAAUCUCCAAAACAAAGCAACUAUCUGCGGAGGAACAAAACUACGUGGAUGAGCCACAGUUUCCCUUCCGCUUCUUAUCUGAAUCAGUAUGUUAAACUGAAUCAUCUGAACCAGUCACGUGUUGAAAAUUUACCGCCGGCGGGAAAACCCACCAAUACAAACAGACCACAGUCGGCGUAUGCCUACGAUGGUGGGAUGUUUACUCCAACUAAAGCAAAACAUGACUACUUCGUAAUACAUCCAGACUGGGUUUCUGAGGCGAUGACCAUACAGAAGUUAAAUUUAAGUCGUCGGCCUAACACUUUAGUGAUGUCGGCAUCCGAUACUUGGCCUGGUCGCCGGUGUAAAAGUGCACCCCCUCAGAACAGGCGAAAUCCAAUCACGUGGGACAGUACUAAGGAACCGGAACAUUAGUCCACCUGACUAGUCGUAACAGAUAUUCCGAUAGUCCUGGGCAAAAAGAGGUAUAGCGCAUUUGCUGACGAUACGGCCGACUCAGAAAUCUAAAUGGAAAACACCGGUUUCCAAUAAUAGACUGGCGUGUUAUAUUAAAAUAUAAGGCCAACGUUUUUGAUGUUUCGUUAACCAAGAUAAAUGACUGCUGCAGUUUAGCAUUACUGACAUUUAUAUGAGUCGUUCUUUACUUAAUAAACCAUUUUCCUAUUUGGAAUGAUGAACAGUACAAUAUUUUCAUAUUACACAACAAUCCUUUUACAAAUGGCAUUACUUAAUUCACUGUUCUGACAUGACUGUAGCGCCUUUAAUAGAUGUCAUCAGUUCAGUUGCCUUUGGUUGAUAAUUCGAGUGUUUAGCUUUGCCUAAAUAUCAUAUGACAGUUGCUACAUGAGUUUUUAUAUUUUCUUUUUAAAAGUCAAACUGUAUAACAGUUCUUUUCCUCCCUUGACAUAUUUUUACUUAUUACAUGCUGUGCAUUUGUGUCCUUUUUCUUGUAGUAUUUGUUUAGCUUUUCGUCAGCCACAUUACGGUUUGAAAAUCCUGUGCACACAGUAACAUGUUAGUGUAACCAACAGAACUACAAUGAUCUCGGAAUAACUUCCCUUUCUUUAAGUCGUAACUUGCAAAUAUUAGAAGUUAUGAUGAAAAUGACUAAUAUUUGUUAUAAUAUAUGUAUCACAUUUAAAACGCACACACACAUCCCUCAGGAAAAUGACCCCAAAAAAUGAAAAGCGGAAAGAAAAAAAGAUUGGAAAAAUAUUGGAGUUGAACUCGGAAUGUAUGGUUUAAGUGUUAGAUUACCGAGCACCUAAACCACUAGGCCACCCAGGGAUGCGAGUUUAAAGGUUUAACGUUUGACAGGCUGCUAAAUCUAAAGGUAAAUUUUGAGAAUGAUUUUUUCAUAUUUUAUCCAUUUUCAACAAGAGGACCACCUUAAACCAAAUUUCCUCAAACGGACUUAUAUACAGUCAUAAUCAAGUAAAAAAUUUCAGUGUUUUAUUUCUGGUUUAGGGUGGCCUUUUGCAACAGUUUGCAAUUUUUUAUGCCCAUUACGUUACAUCUACUAUAUACUCUAUAUAAUCACGGUGAUGUUUAUGCUUAUCAAAUAAAGAUACUAUCAACAUAUCGAUAUCUUUAUUAAGUAAUUUGGGUAAACACAAGUAUAAAUUGACAUUGUAUAGCAGAAUAUUUGUAAAAAAUGAUAUUCAAGAAAAAGGUAUUUAUGUUGGCAAAAAUUGCAUACCAAGUGCGCUACACCCCUUUACUAGCCUCCGGCUUCCUGACUAGAGUUAAGUGUCGAACCCUGCGCUAUACCCCUUUACUAGCCUCCGGCUUCCUGACUAGAGUUAAGUGUCGAACCCUAUUUAUGGCCCCAUCCUUCCUCCUGCAGCUUUGAACAAACUCGAAUAUCCAUUACUCGAUAACAACUCAAGAGCCCC